AUGAGCAACUUCAUUAACGUCAUAUCCAUAUUUGGUAGUAACAAAGAUAUUAAAAAUAAUAUCCAUUUAUUAGGAGAAAACAAAUUAGCCUAUAUUCAUGAUAAUAUUGUAUUUAUUAUUAAUAUAGAAAAAAAUGAUAUAUAUUCAUAUGAUAUACAUUCCUCUCCUGUUUAUAUAUUAAGAUAUUCGAACGUAUUAAAUUUGUCUGUAACAUGCAGUUUUAAUAAUUAUAUAGAAGCUAAUUAUAUAUCCAUAUGGGAUACUAGCCAAUAUAAAGAACAAGAUCAUAUAGAAAUAAAAAACAUCAUAAAUUAUGAUUGUCCUUAUCAUUUAUUUAAUCAUUGUGACAAAAAGAUAGACACUCAACACAAUGAAAAGAAAUAUAACUACAUAUUAGAUAUAAAGUUUGUCGAUGAAUUAAAAUGUUUAUUAAUAUUAACGGAUGAUACAUACAAAUCGAUGAGCUUAUGGUCCCUGUCUAAUACAAUAAAGCCUUACUUAUGCAUACAAACAAAUAAAAGUCAGCUUACCAAUUUAUUUAUAAUUUUUAAUUAUAAUAAUUAUAAAACCAAAAACGAAUUACUUAUCAACAAAAAUAUACAUCUUGAAGAACAAUUAGAAGAUCUAACAAUUAUAACAUACAGUUCUUCGGAAUUUUAUAUAUGGUCCUUUUCUUAUUACUUAGAAUUGCGUAUAAAUUAUUUUCAUCCUAUAUAUGAUAAUAUAUGUCCCUGUUAUAUGAUCACAUGUAUUUGUCAUAUAUGCGAUGAUUUGUUCUAUAUAUCAACAAGUAAUGGUAAAAUUUAUUUGUUUGAUAAAUAUAUUGUAAUAAGAUAUUACGACAUGUUCAAGUAUUGCAUCUCAUUAGUAUCCCUUUUGAACAAUCAACUUAUUUGUGUCUUAGAAAAUGGAUAUAUUUAUAAAAUAAAUAAGAAAGAUCAAAAUAUUUUUUCUUAUAAAUUGAAUAUAAAUACAUUAAUUCAAUAUUAUUAUAAUGCAAAAUUUAAUGUUAACAUAAAUACCAUUAGUGAGCAAAAUGUUGUUCACUCAGAAUUUUUUCUUGACACUUUAUUAGUCCUUACAAAUAAUUAUAUUAUUUUAAUUAACCUACGUAGCGACGAGAUAAUAAUACUAUACGAGUUAAUUGAAGGAGAUAUUUAUAUGUCAACAUUUCUCUAUACAAAUGAUAAGUAUGUUGUCUGUGUGUCUGCAUUCAUUGAGGGAGGAGAAAAAAGCUUAAUUAAAAUGUUCAAUCUUGAUAACACACUAAGAAACAUACCUUUAGUUGUAAAAGGAAAAUUAAAUUGUAUAACUUCAAAUCAUUUCAAAGUAGAACAAUACAUAAAAAAGAAUCCUCUCAAUUUAAAAAACUCAUGUGAACAUGUAUUGAAAUGUAAUUUAAGAAAUAAUAAAAUAAAAACUAUUUAUAUAUUGUCUAUAAAGAAUCAGAUUGUCUUUUAUGAGGAGGCUGAAUUUAUGCUACAUCCAUUUUAUUUUAUAUCAUAUUCACAAGAUAGAUUUGUGACUUGUCUACUCUUUUGUAGUGAUAAUAAAUAUUUAUUUUGCGGAUUCAACGAUGGCUCCAUAUAUAUUUACAUAAUUUAUCAAUAUAAUAAUCACUGUUUUUAUAGCGAUCAUAAUAUUAACAACCUUCAAUUUAAAGAUAUGAAUAAAAAUUAUUGCAUAGCCUUAUAUAAAAUAUUCAGGAAAAGCAUAGAACCAAUUGAUAAGAUAAAAUUAUUGGAUAUCCAUUUGUUUAUUUUAUUGGUUAGCUCUAAUAAGAAAGUGUAUUUAUAUAAUGUCCUCGAGAAUAAAAUUUUUCAUAUAGAUAAUAAUACAAAAUUAUAUGAUUUAUCAUAUUUUCAAUUAUAUAAUUUGGAUGAUAAAGAACAUAUUGAUUUUAUAAUGGAUAUUCUCAAAAAGAAUAUUGAAGAAUAUUUUGCCUUACAAAAUAAUAAAAGUAAUGAUAAAAACAAAUCAUCUGAAUAUAUCCAUCUAAUCAACAUUUUAAAUAAUAUAUAUUAUAUUUAUAAAAUUAUAUAUAUUAAUAAAUCUCAAAUAUGUGAUAAUAUUAUAUGUGAAGAUAUACUCACAAAGGAUAUAACAUAUAUUAAUGAAGAGAAAAAAAAAAAAAAAAAUUCUCAUUUUAUAACACCUAAAUAUAUUAUAUAUAUAUUUAACAAGGUUAUAUGUAUUAUUAAUGAUAUGGUUUUUGAAUUAAUAAAAAAAUUAAAAGAAAAUAAUCAUUGUAGUGAGGUUAAACAAAAAAUAUAUGAAGACAACAAUUUUAAAACAUCAUAUGAAAAAAUGUGUAUCAAUGUGGACCACGUAGUAACAAAAAAUAAAUAUUCAAAUAAAAAAAAUAAUAAUAAUAAUUAUAGUAAUAACUAUAAUGAUAUAUACAAACUUGCAAAUAAUCAAAAUAAAAAAGACUACAUAUCUUAUGUAUAUGAAAAGAAUAAAUUUAAAAGAACUUCUAUUUUUUAUAAUGAUAUAUUUUAUAGCGAAAUAAAUUAUUCUGGACAUAUUUUAUUAUGCUCCUUUAAAAAUAUAAUACUUAUAUAUUCAUUGAAAAAAAAAAAUUUAUAUUAUCCUUUUCAAUAUAAUAAUAUAUCUACAAGUAAUAUAAUAAAAUGGAAAUAUGAAUCAUUUCCACUUAUUACAUAUAAAAGUAAUUAUCUUAUGAAUGAAGAAAAAUAUAAACAUAUUGAUUUUAUUAUUCAUGUAAGGGAUACAAAAAAAGAGACACCAACAAAUAUAAACUCACAAACAUUUAAUAACAUGCAUACUUUUAAAGACAAUCAAGAAAAUAUCGAUUUAAAAGAAAAUAAAAAUAUAAAAUCUAUUAAUAAUAAGAAUAAUUAUAUGUCUAUUGCUAAAAAGAAUGAAAGUGAUAUAGGAAAGGUUUUUUUUAUAUAUAAUGAUUAUUUAAACAUUUAUUAUUUUAAAAAUAAAAUAUGUAUAAAUCCACAAAUAAAAAAAACACAUCUACAGAAUAUAUCCAACAGUAAUAAGAUGAUCAGUGUAUUAACUCCUCUUUAUUCAUUUAAUUCUAGUAAUGCAAAAAAAAAUAAGUAUAAAAUAAAAGUGCCAUAUGCAAUAGAUUAUAUAAACGAAAAGGAUGUUGAUGAGAACAAAAAUAUAAAUAAAAAUAAUAUUAUUCAUAAUAAUAAUAAAAUUAAGAAACAAGUGUGUAGAUCUCAAUAUGUGGGAAAUGAUAUAAAUAUAAUAAAUAAAAAUAGUUCAAAUGAUAAUACAUUCUACUACACAAUAGUGUCUUCUAAUUGGUCUUAUGAUAUAUUUGUAUAUAUAAAAGGUGGUUGUAUUAAUAAAAUUGAGAGAACCCACAGAAGCUCCUUAAAAUUUAUAUGCAGCACAAUAGAUGAAGAUAAUAUACUGGAAAUAAGUAUACCAGAAAAAGUAGAUAUUUCUUACCAAACAAUUAUUGUUCAAAUAAAUUCUUUUCAUAAUAUAUGCUACUUAUCUAUUCCAAUGAUAGAUAAUAGAUAA